GCAAAAAAACUUAGAAAUUUAAUAAACCAAAACUUAUGAACGAUGAUUUUUUCGAUUUCAAUACUCGCUUAUUGAUUCUUUACCCGUCAGUAAAGCUUUCCAUACCUGCCACUUAUGAAUGAAAUAAGUAGCACUGUUGUGAAAACAUCAUAAUCGGAAUUUAUGAAAGCAGAAGUAAAGAUGGUGUCGAUCCCCGAAAGCUGUGUCUUGGACGAGCAGGCUUUAUUUGCCGAUUUGUUCGAGGAAGUUCCAGCGGAGUGCAUAGAUUUAUUCCGCCGUGUGAAAUUCGGCAUUGCUGAGCUGUUAACGGUGAACGAAGAAGAUUUUGUAUCGAUAUUGGCCGUAAAUUCUCCGCCCUUCGAAGUCGCCCAGAUUUGGAAGUGGAUUGCCAAUUGGCGGAGAAGAAACAAUCUUCAAAAUUGCGUAUUUGUGCAAGAAGUGAACCCCCCAUGCGAGCAGGAAGUGGCAGCGGAAUUAGUGGCUAAUGCAAAUUCGGCUACCCAAGCAACCCCCAUCGAGCCUGUCAUCCAAGAAGAUUUGGUCGCUAUCACGAAUGAUACCGUAUUUGCCCAGGGAAAAAGUUCCACAAACAACAAUUGCCAGGACGGAAUCCCUGAGAAAGCCGAAGACGAUUUAUGCAGUGUCAUAAAAUGUGAAGAUUCAGACAUAGUCGAUGUAGAGAUUCCAAAAGGACGACCGGAAGAAAGACACUCAUUGGCAUCACCUUCUUUCCUGACACCAAAUCAUCUGCGUGUUUUACUGGAGAAAACGGAUUAUGGUAGGAGAGUUUUGCAGGCCGCAAACACACACACUCUAUCCGACGCCGGACAAAAGCUCGUAGUUGAUACUGUGGCUCGGUUCCACCUAUCCCAUGGCCGGAAGACCACUGCGGAAUCGAUAAACGAACUCAGUAACGUGAUAAUCCGUGUUUUCCCAAAGGAAUCUAAGGACACGUAUUACAUACCUAAGGCCGGUCGGUCUAAUCCCGGAGGAAAACUAUUCAGCAGAAUCAAUUACAUUAAGCAGUCAGAUCGACAAAAACUUAAAAAGGAAGAAGCUCAUGUUGCUGGUCCUGGUGAAGAAGGCAUCGGAGCGCAAAAACUGCCGGCUGAGGUGGAAGCAGCAGUACAGUGGCUUGCCUUAAACAUUGCUCCAUGGUCAACCGUACUUUGCUUGUGGGAAGUUAGCUACCCGGCCAGAAAGGAAUACAUAACGCUGGUGAACAUUCCCAGAAGUGGGAAGCGUUGUACGAACCAGUAGCUCGAUAUGUCGCUAAAUACGGCAAAGACUGUUCCACGCAGCGUUUAGUCCCAAUGCAUCAGGAACACCACAUUAUCUUCAGGUAAGCUAAUAUAAAAAUAUAAACGCGUUGCAGCAUUCCAUUUAUACCUUAUUUAGUAAUAGUUGCCACGAACAAACUGAAAAAAAUACUAGCAAUGCCAAGUGACAUCACGUUUUUUAAGUAAAUUGACAUUUCGAUCUAAUAACUAGAGUAACAUAUCAAUAGUUCCAAAUUUGAGUAGAAAGAAUAAAACAAUAAUGAAUAGUUUAGUACUAUCUUAUAUACAAUCUUAAUAAAGAAUAUUAAGAACGCUCUUAUCAUACAAAUAAUAUGAUGUAUUUUCAUGCUAAACUUGACUUUGAUCGUUUGCAAAAAAAAUUGCAAGUUGCAACUUGCAAAUGCAAGUUAUAUUACAACUUGAAUUUUUAUCAAUAGUAAAUAUUACGAACCUACAACGGUGUUAUUAUUGUUUUAUUUUUACGCAAAGAUACCGCCUUCGGUUAAAAUUGCAUUUGUAUGUAAAAUGAGCGAUCAACUAUCAAUUUAUUCAUUCUUAACGUUUAUUGAACUACAAAAUAUUGCAUGAUAGGGUCUAUUGAUAUGUUAUACUAGAUAUCCAUCCGUCACGAUCAGUGCAUGCAAGCGGAUCUUUCGAUUUUGUUUAUAAACUUUUAAUCGCCGAAUCACCCGCUGAUGGCGCUGAUGAAGCUCCGACAAUCAGGGUGGCCAGACCUAACGAUUUCUCGGUAGUACUAUCCCCGUUAAACAUUUGACAGUUCAACAGCCGACUAAAUAGGUUGAAAAAUCGGGCGAUCGUUGCACCGAUGCUUAUGGAAGUUUAACACAGGGAUCAACUGAAUAUCACCCGAUUAAAUUGGGUGUGCCGACGUAAUCCUACUAAAUAGUUAGAAAAGUCAGUUGAUUAAAUAAAAUCCAACCAAGUUGACCUACUAAACACCAGAUUUCGUCGGUCACCCGAUUCAAUAUGGCGAUUAGUCAGUUAAUCGCUGUGUGAAAUUUCCAUAA